AAAAGAAAAGGUGUAAAUGUUAUCUUUCUUGGCCUAGCACGCCACUCCCAUUCUUUCCAUUUACUUCGUCUUCCUUUACUUGAUUCCUUUUUUAUAUACUUAUAUAAAAUAAAAUUGUCAACUUUCUCUCUUUUUGGUCUCUAUUGCUGUCUUUCUUGAAGCAUUCCUUUCCCUUGCCGCCACCUUGAUGUUUUUCCUCUGUUCCAAAAAUAAAAACCAAAACUUUCUCUCAAUUAAGCCCAAAAGAAUUUGAAGAUGCAAGAAUGGUUAAAGAUUAGUUUUGUAGCAGUUUCAAGUGUGAUUCUUGUUUUAAUUCUAAUCACAAUUAUUAAGAGAAGAUGUUGUCCAAGAAAAUCUAGAGAUGAAUCAAAUUCAGAAAAUUUGCAAAAUGGGAUUUCAAAACUUCAUCAUCAUCAUGUAAGUAAUAUUCAUCAUCUUGAAAGAGAUGGUACAAAGAAAACUAAUAAUUAUUAUGUUUUCAAACACAACUAUUUCAAUUGGUCUGAUCAUCCAUCACUAGUAACUGAUGUUGUUGAAAAUGGAUGGUCAAGAUUUGCUUUCACAUCAUAUGCUCCAUCUCCAUCCGUUAGAUCAUCAGCUAAGUCCCUUUUAGGAUCAUGUGGUGGUGUUGGUGAAAAUGUAUUUGAGGUUGAUAUGAGUUGGGAAAUUUUUCAAGAUUCAUCUGAUUUUAUGCAGAAAAUUCGAUUCAAUUCUGGUGUUCGAAAACUCAACAAAAGUUGUAAAUUUAUGUCAGCUUCCUCUGUUGUUAGAACUUGUUUGCCUUUACCAGGACCCCAUUUGGGAAAUUCAUCAUUUCCUCAAGAAUCUUAUUUUGAGAUUACUAUUUUGCCUUGGAAUCAAGAUAGUAGUAGUAAUAAUCUUGAAGUUAUGGGAAAGACAAAAGAGGAUAAAUUAGAUUUGGAGAAAAUUAAGCUUAUUAGAGAGGACUCUUCUAAUUCAAAGGCUAAUUCAGAGUCUUUGCUUCAUGUUACAAGUAGUAGUCAUCAUCAUCAUAGGGUAAAUGGACAUCAAAAAAUUCAAGAAUCAAAGGAGAGUGAUCAGUUCAUUCUGUUGUCAAUUGGGCUAUCAAGUGGUGGUUCUCUUCCACAUAAGCUUCCAGGCAGCUAUCCAGGUUCUAUUGGAUUCAACUCAAAUGGUUCUGUUUUUCUUGAUGGAAUGAAAUUGGUGUUUGAAUCACAAAGAGAAGAGUGGGGAAAAGCAGAAAAAGUAAUUGGUUGUGGUUACAAUCCAAGCCAAAAGAAGGUGUUUUUCACAGUGAAUUCAUUGCUAGUACAUGAAAUUCUUUGCAAAACAGAGGAAUUUGGGAACCCGCUUUACCCAACUUUAGCAUCAAAUGGUGACAUAUUAGUACUAGUAAAUCUUGGACAAAGUAUAUUUAAAUAUCCACCAGCAAAUCUACAAAGGACACAAAAUCCUUGCUUCAUUGGCCCAUUAAUGGAAAAUGAUUCACCAAUUCUUGGAUAUGAAGACAGCAAGGAACUUUUCUCAAUGGGUAGAAUUGAUGCACAAUGGCUCAAUAGAAGUAACACAAGAAGCAAUAACAAUACUGUUAAUAGUUUGAAACAAGUAUUAGAUUAUGAUUUGGAGUCUGAAGGUGAUUUAUUUGAAAUUGUCUUGGAUAAUAGUAAUAGUUAUUCAAGAUCUCCUAACCCUUUGUAGCAUAUUGAAGAAAGAAAAAAAGAAUCAAAUGAAAUAUCAUAAUUUUGUACCUUUUUUUUGGUUGUAUGAGACAUUGUAGACCAUCAAGGGCAUUAAAGAAGAUAUUAAUUUCAUUUCAUUUGUUAAUUUGUUUGUAAGUCGUUGUAAUCACUAAAUUAAGAAGAUAUUGUAUAUAAUUGCGUUGUAAUUUGAUUAAUGAUGUUAUUCUUGAACAGAAUUCUUUUGUAAACUAUAUUUUUGGUCAAUGGAAGAAGUCAUUAUCAGUUUGUUGUGUUA